AUGAGCAAAGAUCAGGCUGAGAAGGCGGAUGAAAAGGUCUCGCAGCCGCUCCUGCAGCAGGCUUUUCCACCACCGCCUGCCUUCUACAAACUGUAUGGAACAAGUGCUGAUGGCAGCGAAGUACCCGCGCCUCCGCCACCUCCACCUCCUGUAGAAGGGGAGUACCAGCUUUUUGGGGAGCUCUACACGACAGAAGAUGGCAUCCCUCCCUUAACUGUGCGGCAGCUUUUCACAGUCAACGCACAAGGAUUGCUAGACUUCAAGGGGGAGCUGCGGCGGCUCAACAAGGAACUACUCUUUACUUUCCUGGACCUGCUGGAUUGCCUGGUACAGCGUCCCAGUGCAUAUGCCCGCGCAGUCGAGAACGUGGGCCUCAUUGCACGGAACAUGAGCUACAUCCUCAACGCGCUGCGCUCUGAGCAGGCAAGAGCAACGCUGGAGCACACGGUGAAGGUGGAGAUUGCUGACCGGAAAGAAGCCAUAAGGGAGUUGAGGGAGAGCGCUGAAAGUGCAAGGGCUCUGCUGAGGAGGAUGGCCGAAGGCAUUCAUGACGCCUGCAAAGAAGCGGAAACGGAGGGUAGGCAGCAAGCCAUGGACGAGGGAUGACGCCAGGGCGAUACUCUUUGUCAAACCACUGUGAUUCACAGGAGAUAAAGUCCACGAUCUUCUGACUAACAUGUUUAGCGAUUGCGUUUUGUUUGAUAUGUGAUGAUGAUUCACAGCAUCUUCAGGUUGUUGAUCUGACUCAGAUUGGGAGAUGUGCGAGUAUGAUGCAUGAUGCAUGCGGGAAAAUGCGUUGUUGCGCAAAAUAUUAGGACCCUGCACUUCAUGAUGGUUCCCUCUGCUUUACAAAUUAAUGUAACGUUGUGAAAGCUGAGCGACAUGGCAAGCUUGGAAGUGUCUGUGUAAGCAAGUUCUGGC